AUGACCACUCCAUUCUACACAUUGAAUAAUGGCGUUAAGCAACCAGUCUUGGGACUGGGAACUUGGUUGGUAAGUCUCUACUUUUUUCACUGUGUGAUGCAGUGUAAAGCUGUAAUUAUGUUUUGUCGUCAUUGUAGGCCAAGGAUUUUAACGAAUUGAGGACUGCCAUUAGAGCGGCCGUUGACAUCGGAUACAGAUAUUUGGACACUGCCUAUGCCUAUGGGAACGAAGCACAGCUUGGAGAGAUUCUGGAGGAGAUCUUCAAGGAGGGAAAGGUCAAAAGAGAGGACUUCUUCAUUGCCACGAAGGUAAGAUUAAAUCAAAAUAUUUUGAGGACAUACAUUUCAGUUGCCAUUCUUUGCUCAUGAGCCCACCGUAACUGAGUCAAUUAUUCAAGAGCAAUUCAAAAAUCUCCGUGUGGAUUAUAUUGAUCUAUAUUUGAUGCACAAUGCCUGUGGAGUCAAGAGAGGCCCUGAUGGGGGAUUUCUGAAGGAUUCGAAUGGACUGAACGUCCCCGACCCAACUCCUCACAUUGAAACCUGGAAAGUAUUGGAGAAAUAUUACAAUCAAGGAAAGUUCAAGGCUUUGGGAGUCUCCAAUUUCCGAUGUGAUCAACUGGAAGAUCUCUACAAGAAGGCUACCGUAAAACCGGCCAACCUUCAGAUUGAACUUCACAUCUUCCACAGACAGAGGAAACUGGUUGACUUGUGUAAGAAGUUGGGACUGACAGUCACCUCUUAUGCUUCAUUGGGAUCGCCAUCAAGGAAACAAGGGUUUGGGCCUGGUGAUUACCCCGAUGCUGAUUGUUUGGGCAAUGAAAUUGUUCAAGGAUUGGCCAAAAAGUACAAUAAAACUCCUGGACAGGUGUGUAGUGUUUUUGGAACUUAAAAAUGGUGACUAAUUUACUUUCAGAUCCUUCUGAGACACCUUCUCCAACUCGGUAUUCAGGUCAUUCCCAAAAGUGUAAAUCCAGAGAGACUGAAGCAGAAUUUCAAUGUAUUUGACUUCGAAUUGGCAAAGGAAGAUCUGGAAAAAUUGGAUCAGAUCAAAGAAGAUGUCCGACUGUUCUCCUUUUCCUUGUAAGUAGAAUAUUUUCUGUCUUGCAGGUUUUACUCAAUUUGAUUACAAACACAAAAUUUCAGUGCGAAAGGACACCCCCUUUACCCACCAUUCGAAGUUGUCUAA